CUAGUUCAACGUUCUUUGAAUUCCAAUUAACUAUACCACAUUGAACGGUCAUCAUUCGCACAAAAAUUUACGGAGUCUUCGAUUGAGCAACGACUGUGAGUUGAUUUUGUGAAAUUAUUUCGACUAUCAAGACAAUUACAAAAUGAAGAGUUACAUUGUGGCUGCAAUAUUCCUGACUGUAAUAUCGAUAAUGAUCACAGUCUACUGCCAGACAGAUGAAGAUGAAGAAGGAAUGACCUAUUUCGAACUUGGCCGUAAAUACGAUGACGACUCUACUUCGUACACUCAAAUUGGUAAACGAACUGAUCUCAGUCAGUUGUUCAACAAUGAAAUUGAACUCCGUUAUGUGGCUCUCAAUACGCCAGUUACGUUUAUGAAAAUAAAAGUGAAUGCUAUUGUGAAAACAUUCCAAUUCGCCUAUUUAAACCAAUCAGCUUGUGUGAUACGACUCUACGGUUUGAGAUCGCCUGAUCGCUUUGUCACGGCAGUCGCAACCAUUCAUUCACCCGACGGUGCUGUAAAUGAAACUACCGGAAAAUUUGAAUUCAAUGUGGUAAAUAAGACAAUGCUUCUGGAAAAAGUAGUAGAGGGAAAACCGGGACCGCAAUAAAGUGAAUUAUGGCUGAAGAGCUACGCAUUUAAUCUUCACGCAAAUUUUAAAUAAAUUGUAACUAAAUGUACUUUUCUCAAUAAA